UCACAGGGGGGUGGCGGCGGGGAAGGAGCCGAUCGUGAACAGAACUCGGGUGACACUCCACGAGGGACCCUGCGGCGGUGACUCGGAUAGAAGGUUCAUAUGGGAAGGACAUUGGGGUGAGCAUCUUCUCUAUUUCCAGCUGGCUUUUCUGAUUCACCUCACCCUUUAAAACCUGGAGGCACUGGACCACACAAAGCCUUGCUGAUUUCAGGAAAGAAUCAUCAUCAAAGAUGUCCAGCAAGACUGCAAGCACCAACAGCAUAGCCCAAGCAAGGAGAACUGUGCAGCAGCUGAGAUUGGAAGCCUCCAUCGAAAGAAUAAAGGUCUCAAAAGCAUCUGCAGACCUGAUGUCAUACUGUGAGGAGCAUGCCCGGAGCGACCCUCUGCUGAUGGGCAUACCGACCUCAGAAAACCCAUUCAAAGAUAAGAAGACCUGCAUCAUCUUAUAGUGAACCUGGAAGCACCCCUUGCCUCUUAACGCAAACCACAGCAGCAACCUGAAGAUUUUCCUUCGGCUUACCUGGUAACCACAGCUAGUAACUAAAACACCCUUCUCUUGGAAUAACAGACCCUGAUGUCUCUCUUUUUUCAAGUUGUUCUUUCUUCGCCCUUUACUGGUUUAAUACAGAAUAACAAUCUUAUUUUCGAUUUAGUGACUAUAGUAUCAUAUUGGGUUACUGUAUAAGGAGAGUGGCAGGGGAGUUGUGGGAAGCUUGUCUUAACAGUAUACCAUUGAUUAAGAUAUGUCAAGACCUACAUUGUCUAAGCACCGGCAAAUUAAAAUGUCAAGAAUCACUUCAGUCCAAAACCCUUAUACUGUGCUCUUAAUAAGGUUUGUGCCAACCUAUAUCCCACGUAAGGGGUCUGGGGAGGCAGCAUGUGUCUACAGCCAUAUCUUUUUGCACUAUCGGCACUAACUACCCUGAAACUUCCUACGGUAGCAUCAGCCCUCCAGAUAUUGAUAAUCUGACUCUGUGUAGUUAGAAUAACAGAUUUUCUCUGUGUAAUUUCUGUACAAAAGAAGGUAAUGAAAGAACGUUGCCAAGAUCGUCUGCAUUAUAAUGAGCUGAUGCCGUUCUCUCUCCUCUCUUGGAAUUGUGCUGGCCCCUGAGUCUACAAUAAACUGUGCCAGUUAAAAACCUAAGGCUACAACUGAAAGCCCUUUGAUGGGGUCUUAAUUCAUAUCAGUCAUUUGGCUUCUGUGAUCCUGAGGCUAAGAAAGGGGAAGAGACCCCUUGGGAGGACCCUGGGCAGCUAUACUCCAGGGCUCUUGAUUUCUGCUGGAUUGGGGAUAGCCACCUCAGAAACUUCCACCAUCAUGACUAGAAUGGAAGAAUGAAGUGAGAGCCUCACGUAGAGAGGGGAGCAGAAAUAGCUGCUCUCCUGGGCCCAGCUUUAUAGGCAACCUCUCCCUUUCUCCUCCCCAGCAUGGCACCUUUCCUUUGCUGCUAGAGCAGUUGGUUUCAGGAGGACAUUCCCUCUGUCUCAGUUUUAACUGGGUGGACCACAGUAGGGAAAAAACACUCAAGCAAUAUAAAGACACUUGAGCUCUUUGCAGAUGUCUGCAGUUUCAACACUACCAUGUUCACAAAUCACCCUAGGGGAAGGGCCAUUCCAAAAGGGGGCUUGCCUUUUGUAGAACAGUUCCAGAAUCCAGCAGGUGGGUGUUGAGAUCAUGAAAAUAGCCCACACACACUCACAGUGUCCUGUAGGGAUCCCAGAGGCACAAAACCUGACACGACCAAGGAGGUAUUUUGACUUUGUCACAGUGAAAAUUUAAAAUAAUCAAUUAGAAGCCCAAGCCAAACACAAAGCCUGUGAUAUUUUAGUUCAUUAAGGUAACUUCUUAAUGAAGGAUUUUAAAAAGUAUUCUCAAGAAGAAAUUAGCCCCAGGAGUUGCUUAUAAAAUUUCCCCCACUUGUGUACAGUAUACAGUUAAAAAAAAAAUGUCUUUUAAUAUCCAAUGCCUGGGCAUUGAGCAUCAUACUUCUUGAUGGUGAACAUGCAUUACUAUUGCUAAGUGUCUCAGAGGCAUCAGCAUCUCUCCUGGUUACCCCUCUGCUCAGCACUCAGACCUGAGCACAUGGAAGCCGUAGCACUGCCCACAGCCUGUUGUCACUGCUGAGCUCCCAGCCGGGUUAACAGCACCCGUUUGUUCGGGACAGAGAGAGAGAGCUUUUACCUUGGAAAAGGGGAAAAUGGAAAUGUACACCAAAAAGACAAUUUUUACAUUUAAUGGAACAUUCUUUUUUUACAAGUAUAUUUUUAUACUGAUAGUGUCAGAACACUAAUCUUAUAUUCACUCUAAUCUUAAACAUGUUUCUUUAAAUAUUUAUAAGGCAGUUUAUUACAGAAUAUUUUUAUGCAAUCAUGUGCACAUUAUUGGUAACAAACAUAGUAUAUUCUUUAGUACUUAAACAUAUUUUUAUUAAUAUGCUUUUAAUGGUAGGAAAUGAACUUGAGGUCCCAGGAGAUUUUGUUGCCUUUUUAUUGAUUAGAGACAAUAAAUCUUAAAACUUGGUAACCUGAUCUGAGCUGUGCUCACAGUAAUAGUAAAAUCAGAUUCUUUGAUGCUGGACCCAGGAGGGAAAUCAUUAGCCAACUAUUGACUUACUUAUAACUAGAUGUCUAUGUGAGAAAGUAUAGUAUUUACAUAUAUAUGACAUGUAGGAGUCACUUUUAUUUAUCUGUUUUUGCUCACUUCUGAAGCUGGGUAACUGCAGCAGUGUGUUGGUGAUGUCAUGAUGCACAGAAGUCCCAUGUGGGACUUUUUCCCCACACUGACAACUUGGCUUCCUUUCUGUAUGUUCAGUCUGUUCUGUCUGAACUGACACUCCCGUGAGCACUACAGUUUAUACUCUGAUCCCUGUAGUUUAUCAUAAAUUCGUCCAUGGCCUUGGCAAGAUAGAGUUCACAAGAUUCCAUGACUCCAGAGCAUUUUGAAGAAGCAUACAUAUCUUUAAAUAGGGAAGAUAUAGCAGGUGGUUCAUAAGCUGUGGGUUAUAGCUAAAUAUUCUGUUUCUUUGAAAACAUGUUUUUAAAUUCUUUACCAUAUGAAAGAAAAGGAGUGUCAUACUUACACUUUCAAGGGAAGGCUUGGUCUGCUCUUUCUGUGUUCAGAUUAUUUUUAUACUUUGCUAAUCUUUAAACUAUUCAUGGGGGAAAGUUUAUACCAGUGGGUUAAUAAUUUUCAUGCACUGUUUACAAUGUAAGAUGUGUCAAACUGGGGCCAGCAAGAUGGCUCAGUGGGUGAAAGUGCUUGAUGCCAAGCCCAGCAACCUGUGUCUGAUCUUCAGGAUGCACAAGGGAGAAGGAAAGAAUUGAUUCCCGAAGGUUGUCUUCUGACCUCUACACACACAUACAAACACACACAGAAAAAUAACAAUUAAAAAUAUGUGCCAAAUUAUAUUUGUUCAGGUGCCACCUUCCACCAGCUUACCACUAAGGUAAAACUGUCAGGCUCAUCACCUUGAAUGUGUAUUAGAAGUGUGUCCAUGCACAGGCUCAAGAGUCACCUCCAGUGAAAUAAAUGUAAUACUGAAGUAUGCUACGAGGGUUGUUGUUUUCUCUCAUCGUAAGCCUGUUAGUAGGGAAAAUACGUCAAGUCAAAUAGAAUAGAGCACUUACCAGUGGUCAGUGGCCUGGUCAGUCCUGUGCAGGUGACUUAGGACCAGGAAUGUCAGCUCUCUGAGCCUCCCCUUCCCCUUUUGUAAUAAGGGAGUAGAAGCAGAAGAUGGCUGAGAUCCUCCCUAUUCCCAGAUGCCUUGGUUGAAUGACCUGCCUCUCUGCUGGUCCUGCCAAUGUGUUGGUGCUAUAAGCUGCUUCAAAUACCGGUUUGUCUGUAGUAUGUGCUCACCUAAUCACUUGUUAUUCAGCGCCUGUUCUAGGUUUAUGGACUUACUAUUUCUGUGAUGUUUCAUUUUAGCCUAACACAUAUUCUCUAUAUCUCAGUAAAGCUUCAUUUGAUAAGUUGUUGAGAUUUUGUUCUUUGAUAAUAUUCAUCCAGCAUCUUAAUCACUGUGAUCGUUAUUUGGAACUCUGUUCUUUGGAAAGAAUAAAAGCAUUUUUUCACUCGCUAACAUGCUCACAAAUGUGAGAGAAGAGUCAUUAAAAGCUUUACUUACUGGG